CGUGUAUUACACUGGUUGGUUCCAUCAUGUGGUUUGGUGAGCGAUAUAUUCCAUCUGUAGCACCUACACUGAGUCAACUUUUUGAUAACAAGACACAAGACAUGUUACUGAGCCACAGGACCAGCCACCUAGUGAACAAGGCUCAAACUAUCACCAGGGAAGCUCAGACAGUCAACCUCCAGGUGUGUGGUUGGGCUGUGAACCUGGAUGCUGCUGCUAAGAAACAUUCAAGUCAGAUGAAGAACCAAGACCUGAGUCAGCGAGCCUCUCUCCUACUGCAGGGUAUGAUCUUGGCACACACUAUAAAGUACAACAUUGAGACUGUACUCAACUUGCACACUACACUUGGCCGGCCCAUGGGCAAGGCUUGUGCAGUGAGUGUGUGCCAUCUAAUAGAAUCACUGAAGGCCAUAGAGAACACAUACCACCGUCACAGCAGCCUCUUGGCCGACUCUCUGCCACAUGUGAUACAGUACCUUACUUGUCAGGUGCUCUCCAUUGUUACUGCUGCCAAGACGAGGGUGUCUAGUGCUCGUCUUGAUGGCCAGAGGUUGGAUAUUUUAAUGGCGCUCAAUUUGGUAGAACAGAUGCUCUCUGGGUGUGGCACCAAGGAGCGUCGCCUGGUGAUACGUGUGGCACUCUCACUAGCCAAUCAAGCCAGAGCUCUGAAGGUAUGAUACUUAACUAAUAGU